AUGAAUCUUGAAAACAGGGUACGCGGAAAACUUUGCAAGGGUGUCGAUGGCCAGGGCUUUAUUCCCGAUGCGGCUAUCAACGAACUUUCCAGUCUGGACACGGUUCAAGGGUAUCUUGAAUCUGUUCUCCGGCAUGACUCCUUGAAUCCAUCAAUAGUCGAGCUAGUGAAAUACGUAACCAGCCAGACCGGGCCAGCGAAAAAGGUGUUCUUGAUCUUGGUAUUGUGUGGUCACUUAGAACAUCUGAGCUCGCUACUUCAAGCCGGCUUUAGCGACAAAGAUCUUCCAAUUGAGUGCGACUGGGAUAGCACGACCGAGCGUUACAUUGUCACAACCUGGCGUGAGCCACAGACUCAUGGAGGAUCAACUUUGUCAUGGGAAGCUUUCGGAGGGUGGCCCGCAGCACACGUCACUUCUUUCGCCGAAAACCAGUGGAUUUUCCUGGCUCCGGUUUUCACUGCUGACGUCUUUGAAUUCGUCCUACCCCAACGAUGUCCGUUUCCAAUCCUGAAGAAACACGAUCAUUCUAAGCGGGGCUACGCUGGCUCGGUCUAUGAAGUCAAGAUCCACGAAGAUCACAUGCAGAUUGAGCUCGGAACUAAGUCAAUCGCCAUGAAGGAGAUGCUUCCCAACAAGAAUGACUACUAUCUGAAGGAGGCAGCUUCUCUUCGUAUCAUACGCGAAUUGAAGCAUGAUCACUUGAUACAACCCUUGGCUGCUUACAGACGAAGCGGUGGCUCAGAUCUGUGUGGUUUUUUGUUCCCAUGGGCCGAGGGCGGAAACCUUGAAGAGUUCUGGAAACGGCCCACGAAGCGAGCUGCUGGAGACCCAGAACUUAUGAGAUGGUUUCUCAAUCAGCUUCGUGGUCUUUCUGGAGCAACAGAAGCGCUGCAUCUCAAGAAUUGUCGUCACACUGAUCUCAAGCCUUUGAACAUUCUUCUGUUCCACGAAGGUGAUUCUCCAGGAACUCUUCGCAUUGCGGAUGUCGGACUUGCCAAGAUACACGACGACAUCACUCGACACCGCCAGGAGAUUACAAAUGCGAAGACAGGCUCCUUGCGGUAUGAACCACCUGAGUUCAGGCGCACGAAUCAACUGUCUCGCGUCUUUGACGUUUGGUCUCUGGGUUGCGUCUUCUUGGAAUUCUUGACGUGGACAAUCUAUGGCUGGGGACGGCUGGAUGAUUUGAUCCGGCAUACCGACCGCUUCUGGAUGGAGACUGACGACGGACCCCAGCUACACUCGGAAGUGAAAGCGUUGGUGACAGAAAUGCGCAGAAAUCUAGUCAUCGGCGGUUCUGAGACUGCAUUGACAGAGUGUCUAGUGUUGGUCUCUGAGAAGAUGCUCGUGCCAGACUGGGAGACGCGGUCGAAGGUCUCGGAUGUUCAUUUGGCACUGAGAAAUACCGUCAGUCUCUUCUAUUCCAGCGUAAUUUUCGUAGCUGACAUAUAUCUGCUGUACCAGGAAGUUGGGCAGUUGAAUGGCAAGUGGGAUUCAAUGAUUGACAACACUUUCGCUAAAAGUCUUUUCAACGGCUCUCUCGGACACUGGAAUUUGACUCCAAAGCACUUCUCUGACUUGUGCUCUGCAUGUGUUACACUUUCAAGAAUUGACUUUGAGAUUUCCGAUCCAAUGGAGGUCAUUCGCGACCGGUCUAAAGAAUGUUCUCUUUGCGGCCUUCUGUAUCAGACUGCAAGCGACAUCGGUCUCGGGGAUAGCGAUUUCAGAUGCCGUCGAGCCGGCUCAACGAUAAGGAUCGGGCCUAACGACCAAGCAAUCUUGUCGAUUUACACUAAUCCAGACGACAUGGAAAUCGGAUCAUCUCCGUCUUGGGCGCAGAUAGGGUGGGCGCAACUGCCACAGCCAGGCAGCAACUCACAGAUCACGCUGUUCAAAGAAUGGUUACGAGUCUGCGACGAACAACACAACCACCACUUCAACCCCAGAAACAAACUUCCUACCCGCGUUCUUGAUCUUGGAAGCACAGAGAAGCCCAACCUCUGCCUCUGUGAUGGGUUUACAUCCAUGUCAGAAGGCUACGUUGCAUUGAGUCACUGUUGGGGUGUUGGUCAGCAUUUCAAAACUCUCCAGAGUAACAUCGAUGCGUUCAAGCAGCGUAUUAAAUUUGACAACCUCCCGGCAACUUUCAGAGAUGCUAUUAGAGUGACCAUGGCUUUGGGAUUUCGCUAUCUUUGGAUCGACUCUCUGUGCAUUAUUCAGGACGACCCCGAUGACUGGGAACGAGAGGCGGACUCCAUGGAGCACAUUUUCAGCUCGGCAAACUUGACCAUUGCUGCCAGCUCGGCCAGGUCAUCCUCAGAAGGAUUCUGGUUAAGUAAGAGACCGCAACAGCCACGAGUCGCCAUCAGAACGCCUUCAGGGAGCAGCCUUCUCAUCACCAGAUUCAGCGACGAUUUCUGGCAGGAUGUUGAACAGUCCGUUUUGAAUGAGCGCGGGUGGGUUCUGCAAGAGAGAGCACUUGCGCGACGCACCAUUCACUUCACGUCGACCCAGGUCUACUGGGAGUGCAGAUCGGGCAUUCACUGUGAAAGCUUGAUGAAGCUUGUCAACCCCAAGGCCGCCUUUCUUGGCGAUUCCGACUUCCCCCAAUCGGCCCUGGGGUUAUUCAAGGGCGCAAGAAUAUUACUUUUCCAGGCUCUGUACGAGACCUACUCCGCGCUUGAAUUCACAAACAUUACAGAUCGUUCAAUUGCAAUCAAAGGUCUCGAGGGAAGACUUGUCAAGACGUUCUCGACCAAGGGCGGAUUUGGAGUCUUCGAAGGCUACCUGCAUCGGAGCCUCCUUUGGCAGAGGCGAGGAGAGACGGCUCUCGCUCCAAUUACCUACCCCGUCAAAAGACACGUCCCCACAUGGUCGUGGAUGGCAUACACCGGCGGCAUAUGCUACAUGGAGGCGAUGUUUGACCAUAUUCCGACUACUCCACAAGAUCUCGUGAUCAUGGGUCUCAUACAGAAGCAUCUACGCACCUACCGCACACGAUGCUCCUUUGCGAAGUCAGCUCAAGAUGACCAAUACUUCCUACCUUGUAACAAAUUGCGCGAGAUCAUCAACAUCGAGGCUGUUCGCGAUAUCCUACACGAUGCCUUCUCAACAAGUAAACCUUCCUCAGAUAUAGACCGCCUGAGUUUUCAGAUCCUAGGAAAGGCCCUCCGACAGAAGAUCUUUGCAAUCCUCGUCAUCAUCAACAAGGUUCAUCUCAUCGACGAUUUAAUCAAAGGCGGUAUUGAAGACGGUGAUCUUCCAUUGGUGGUAAAGAGAACCAUCAGGAACAAUUCAGUAUGCCAGGAGCUUUGCAAGAGGUCAACGCAACUUUCAGACGACGAAUGUCUGGAACCUAUAAAAUCUCUAAGCCAAUGGUCAUUCAACGACAUGGAAGCAUUUGGAUAUCAGCAGAGAUUGUUCUGCAUUCCAAUAUUCGAAGUGCCUGGAGAAGAAAGGCCUUUUUUCGACCUAAAACAUAGACCAACACUUCCAUUCCUGCAGUUCAACCAACCGCUAUCAGGUGGCUACGGAACCGUGAGGAAGGUAAUGAUUCACGAGUCUCAUUACAUCAGGGGAGCCGCGUGCAAGAUUCAGAAAGGCAAAGGCGAAACCUAUUUCGCAGUGAAAGAGCUCAACAGCACCAUGCCUGAAGCGUAUGAGGAAGAAAUGAAGCUAUUUGACAAGCUGUCCGGUCAGCAGAACCAUCCAAAGCAUCUUAUCCAGCUGCGAUUUAGCUACUUCCACGCCGAUCAUUACUACCUUGCUUUUCCUUGGGCUGAUGGAAACCUCCGAGAAUUUUGGGCAAAAGUUCCAAAAUUCGACCCGUGGGUCAAGAGUGAUGUUAUUUGGCUUUUCACACAGUGCAUAGGCCUUGUACGGGCUUUGCAGAAGAUACACUAUGUCAUCAGCAUAUCGUCGAGGAUAGAUGAUCUCUCAAAUGCGUCAAACGACAAGGAAAACAUCCAGGUAUGGGGAAGACACGGAGAUCUCAAGCCCGAAAACAUUCUUUGGCUUCAAACGGAUGACAAUAUGCAAAACUUCCUGGUCAUUUCCGACUUUGGGUUGACGAGAUUCAACUCCGCAAAAUCAAAGUCAACAGUGCCACCUGAUGGCAUUUCCGGAUAUUCUGGUACAUACAGACCACCGGAAAUUGAUCUAAGAAGUCAGAUCUCGCCCAGAUACGACAUCUGGUCUCUAGGAUGUGUCUUCCUGGAGUUUGUUUCCUGGUUUCUCCUCGGAUAUGCAGAGACUCAGGACUCGUUCACUACGUUACGUCUCGAGGAUGAAAAUGAGGGACGCGUCCGAGAGGAUAAGUUCUUUGUGAUUACAGGCGGAACUGAUGUCCCGCGUCGCGAGAGACAGGCAAGCCUCAAGCCAGCUGUUAUCAAAUGGAUCGAGAAGCUUCAUCAAGACGAGAACUGCACAGAGCCACUCCAUAUAUUUCUUGACCUCAUCGAAAGCAGAAUGCUCCAAGCCGUGCCAACAGAAAGAUUCAAGUGUGGGGAGAUUGCAAUUGAGCUUGAGGCAUUAAGGAGCACAUGUGAAGCCAACGAGGCCUAUGCCACGCGCAGGAAGGCGGACAAGAGAAACCCGUCGCGAUUUCCAACUUUAUAUGGGAGUAGCAAGAACGAUUCGGACGCGUGUCAAUCCUCCGACACUGCGACCAACACUGUGACUAUUCCUGCGACGAAGCCCAUAUCCGGCCUUCUACGUGGUGCGUUUUCUCUUGCGAUCACCAAAUCCUUGAGAUCUAUUUUCGAAAGUCUGAGACGCAUCCUGGCUUUACCACGUCUUUGGCAGGCGAAGCGAGUCAGCGAAGCUCUAACAUCAUGUUAA